CUUACUGUGUUUCUCGUCCUCAAUAGACAGAAACGGAAAUUCAGUAACUUGAUUUAAUUCCCCAUUACCCUAUAAUGACUCCAAAAGGUGAUUCCAUUAGCGUAACCUUAAUCUUUUUCACUGUUUCACAUUAAAGAGAAAUCUGUCAGUCUGGGAGCGAAGGACGCAUAGUUGGAGAGAAAGAAAGAUGAAGCCUCCUUCGCCAUCUGAUCUGGGUUUGAUUGGGCAUUAUAUUAUCGCCUCUGUGAUUAUAUAUCUGAGCUGCUGCUCAAUCAUCCAUGUGGGCGCUUCGAUCCACGAAUAUCAAAACGAAACUUUUAUUCACCGUGCGAAUUCCUUCUUUUUCCAUGGUGGUAGUGAAGGUCUUUAUGCCUCCAGAGGUGUCUCCGUUAACGACACACAAGCUUCGGAGGACAAGUUCCUUAGUGGGAAAUCUUUCAUCAGGUUUGAGUCUAUCACCUUUCGAAGAACGAAAGAAUCUGCUGCCCUGAAGAAUGAGAUGCAGCAAAGAACAGGCUUGGUUGAAGCUAUUAUAGUUAAGGUAAAAGACAGAAAGAAGAUUGGAGGUGCUUAUUUGAACUCUGAAGCUAUAUGUUGCACCCCGGAACUUGCCAAGGAUGGUUCCUGCAAGGUGGGGGAGGUUAUCAUCCAUGAAGACCCUGAUGAUCCUAAUGGUCCCAAACGUCUACAGACGUUCUUUGAAGGGAAAAAUGAAGAGACUAAAAUGGUUCUCCAAAAUGUUGAAAUAAACAGUACUGGGAUGUAUUACUUGUAUUUUAUGUUUUGUGAUCCUGAACUGAAGGGUACAAUAAUCAGUGGAAGAACUGUUUGGAGAAAUCCGGAUGGUUAUCUUCCCGGCAAGAUGAUGCCACUGAUGACGUUUUAUGGUUUUAUGUCUUUGGCUUACCUUUUUCUAGGCCUACUCUGGUUUCUAAGGUUUGUGCAAUAUUGGAAAGACAUAAUACAACUGCAUUACCACAUCACUGCGGUCAUUGGUCUUGGAAUGUGUGAAAUGGCCCUCUGGUAUUUUGAGUAUGCAAAUUUCAAUUCCACUGGAACCAGACCAAUGGGAAUUACACUAUGGGCUGUGACCUUCACUGCUGUGAAGAAGACAGUCUCACGGCUUCUUAUUCUAGUGGUUUCCAUGGGUUAUGGUGUUGUGCGCCCGACGCUUGGAGCUAUAACCACAAGGGUACUUCUUCUUGGUGCAGCGUAUUUUCUUUCUUCUGAAGCGCUUGAGCUGGUUGAACAUCUGGGUAAUAUUAAUGACUUCUCUGGAAAAACAAGGCUUUUUCUGGUGCUGCCUGUUGCUCUAUUGGAUGCAUGCUUUAUUCUUUGGAUAUUUUCAUCGCUAUCUAAAACGUUGGAAAAGCUUCAGACUCGAAGAAGUACCGCCAAACUUGAACUAUACAGAAAAUUUACCAAUGCCCUCGCGGUGACAGUGUUGCUUUCAGUUAUUUGGAUCGGAUAUGAGCUGUACUUCAAUGCAUCUGACCCUUUGAGUGAACUGUGGCGAAGAGCCUGGAUCAUCCCAGCUUUCUGGACUUUACUUGCAUACAUUCUUUUGGCGGUAAUCUGUGUUCUCUGGGCCCCAUCUCAAAAUCCCACCAGAUAUGCAUACUCAGAGGAGGCAGGGGAAGACUUUGACGAAGAGGCCAUAGCAGUGAAGGUGUCUGGGGAAAGAAAGGAAAGGAAAGCCGCCGCCGUGGCAGAUCAUCAUGUGUUUGGCCUUGGUGAAGAUCGAGAGGAGGACAAAAGGGAGUAAUGGCGCCUGCUUCUAUGCUGCGUUUGAAGUUGAGGUUGUGUACGAAUUCUUACAGGGAAUUUCGCCUUCCAUUCUUUGCUGUGCCUCUUCAAAUAUAGGGGAGGGCCUUGAACAAGGGAAAGCAAGUGUCUCCACGGGGAAGGAAAGGAAGAGGGAAUUCUUCGUCUGGUAGAGAAUUUUUUAGGCAAAUAUGAUCUAUUGAACAUGUGUAAAGGACAAAACAAAAAUAAUAGGUGAACAUAAAAAAAUUAAACAUCAACAUGUGGCUAGUUUUAAAUGAAGGUUACCUUCUCAUAUGCCUACCUAUAAUGUAUAAUUAAUUUAAAUUAUCUAUUUUUCUUA